AUGGCAAAGAUAUUUGAACAACCAUCAACAUCUAGCUCACUUGUGUUGGCUGCACUGUCAUGGAUCAUUGUGUUUGGAGCACUCCAACUCAAUGCUGCAUUCUUCAGGUCAUCUCCACCAUACACCAUCCUCGGUGGAUUCCUAGGUUCAUUCCUAUUCUUCUUCUUCAUCACUUUCAUUGGUAACCUUAAGAAGGAGAUCAAGUGGGUAGAGACAUUGAUUGGUCUGUUCAUUACAUAUUUGGUCAGCACAUCUGUGCACAGAGUGUCAGGAACUACAAGCAUCCUCUUCUCAAUUGGUAUCAUCUAUUAUCUCAACAACAUGUCAAAGAGCAUCAAUGACAGACUUGAGGAUGCCAACACUGCCAAGCCCCAAAGAAGAUAA